UGCAGAGGAUGGAGGCCGAGGUCGGGGCAGAGCUCUGCUUUCCACAGCUCCUCAACUCCUCCUGCAGGAAGCCCACACCUCACUGGUCUGAAGCUGUGAUCCUGAACACUCUGCUGUCCUUCGUCUCUGUGCUCACUGUGACUCUCAACCUGCUCGUCAUCAUCGCAGUCUCUCACUUCAGGCAGCUCCACACUCCCACCAACAUCCUCCUCCUCUCUCUGGCUGUCUCUGACUUCCUCGUGGGCCUCCUGCUGAUGCCGGUGGAAAUCUUCAGGAAGACAUCCUGCUGGUUUUUCGGUGACCUCAUGUGUUCUCUGCACGUUGAUGUUUCUUUCGUGAUCACUGCUGCCUCUAUCGGAGGAAUGGUUCUGAUAUCAGUGGACCGUUAUGUUGCUAUCUGUGACCCUCUGCGUUACAGCAGCAGGAUCACAGAGAGAAGAGUUACAGUCUGUGUCUGUCUGUGCUGGUUCCUGUCUCUCCUUUACAGCAACCUCCUCUUAAUGGACGAUCUUGUUAAACCGGGCAGGUAUCGUUUAUGCUACGGAGAGUGUGUGAUCUUUAUUACCUUCAUCACAGGAGUUUUUGACCUUGUUGUGACGUUUUUUGCUCCCAUUACUGCCAUCAUAGUUCUGUACAUGCAAGUCUUUGUUGUGGCUGUGUCUCAGGCUCGUGCCCUGCGCUCUCAGGUGGUCACAGCUGUAACACUCGAGUCUUCAAUGACUGUGAGAGCAAAGAAGUCAGAGCUGAAAGCAGCCAGGACUCUGGGUGUUCUUGUAGUCGUGUUUGUGAUUUGUUUCUGUCCGUAUUACAUCGUCAGCCUCGUUGAUGAAAAUGUUCUGAAUGCUUCAUUUGUGUCUUUUGUGAUCUUUCUGUUCUAUUUUAACUCGUGCAUCAACCCUCUGAUUUACGCCUUGUUCUACCCCUGGUUCAGGAACGCUCUUAAACUCAUCUUUACUCUUCGGAUCCUGCAGCCGGGCUCCUGUGAGACCAACAUCUUGUAAUGAAGCUGAGGAGGGACUGAGCUUUGAUAUCAAUAAACGGCUCCACAAGCACAUCUCACUUCAAA